UCAUUUCUCCAACCAAACCAGAACUAACUUCUUCAACGCUACGCCCAUUCGCAAAAAAAAAUUUCAGUCUAGCCCGUGAGGCAACUGGCACAAAGAUUUGAGCUUUCCCACCUUCACAUUCUCUUCUAUUAUUCCCUUUCGAUUCUUGGAUCCGAAUGCUUCACAGCUGACGGGCUCUUGUGUACACUCAGCGAGGAAAGAUUGGAGCUUUUUUGGCCUCUUCGGUGACUGACUCAUUGGCAGUGCAAUAUGUCAGAAGCUCAGAGGAGGCCAACAAUGAUUGGUGUGAGGAACAAUAAUGGGUACGCCAAUGGAGCAUUUCCAUUGAGGUCUCCAAACAUAAAAUCUGAAGUAGAUAAAUUCUGUCAUUCACUUGGGGGGAAGCGGCCAAUCCAUAGUAUAUUAAUUGCAAACAAUGGGAUGGCAGCUGUGAAGUUUAUUCGUAGUGUUAGGACAUGGGCUUAUGAAACAUUUGGUUCAGAGAAGGCAAUAUUGUUAGUUGGAAUGGCUACACCAGAAGAUAUGAGAAUAAAUGCAGAGCAUAUUCGAAUCGCUGAUCAAUUUGUAGAGGUUCCUGGGGGGACAAACAACAACAACUAUGCUAAUGUGCAGCUCAUUGUUGAGAUGGCAGAGAUAACACAUGUCGAUGCUGUUUGGCCUGGAUGGGGCCAUGCAUCAGAAAACCCAGAAUUACCGGAUGCAUUGAAUGCUAAGGGAAUUAUAUUCCUCGGGCCACCUGCCACAUCAAUGGCAGCACUAGGUGACAAAAUUGGUUCGUCAUUGAUUGCUCAAGCAGCUGAUGUACCCACCCUUCCAUGGAGUGGCUCCCAUGUCAAAAUUCCACCAGAAAGUUGUUUGGUCUCUAUCCCUGAGGAAAUAUAUAAUAAGGCAUGUGUUUAUACUACUGAAGAAGCAAUUGCUAGUUGUCAAGUUGUUGGUUAUCCUGCAAUGAUCAAGGCAUCUUGGGGUGGUGGUGGUAAAGGCAUCAGAAAGGUUCAUAAUGAUGAUGAAGUUAGAGCUUUGUUCAAGCAAGUUCAGGGUGAGGUUCCUGGCUCUCCGAUAUUCAUAAUGAAGGUUGCUUCCCAGAGUCGACAUCUAGAGGUGCAGUUGCUUUGUGAUCAGUAUGGUAAUGUUGCUGCUUUGCAUAGUCGUGAUUGUAGUGUCCAAAGGCGACACCAAAAGAUUAUUGAGGAGGGGCCAAUAACUGUGGCUCCUAUAGAGACAGUGAAACAACUUGAGCAGGCUGCUAGAAGAUUAGCAAAAUGUGUUAGUUAUGUUGGAGCUGCCACUGUUGAAUAUCUCUAUAGCAUGGAAACUGGGGAGUAUUAUUUCUUGGAACUCAACCCGCGGUUACAGGUGGAGCACCCUGUAACAGAAUGGAUAGCAGAAAUUAACCUUCCAGCAGCCCAAGUUGCUGUUGGAAUGGGCAUUCCUCUGUGGCAGAUUCCAGAAAUCAGACGGUUCUAUGGAAUGGAGCAUGGCGGUGGAUAUGAUGCUUGGAGGAGAACAUCACUUGUUGCUACUCCAUUUGAUUUUGACAAGGCAGAGUCUACAAGGCCGAAAGGUCAUUGUGUAGCUGUCCGUGUAACAAGCGAGGAUCCUGAUGAUGGUUUUAAGCCUACUAGUGGCAAAGUGCAGGAGCUAAGUUUUAAAAGCAAACCAAAUGUAUGGGCAUAUUUUUCUGUCAAGUCUGGUGGGGGCAUUCAUGAAUUUUCAGAUUCUCAGUUUGGGCAUGUUUUUGCUUUUGGUGAAUCCAGAGCCCUGGCCAUUGCCAACAUGGUACUUGGCCUCAAGGAAAUUCAGAUACGAGGAGAGAUUCACACAAAUGUAGAUUACACAAUUGAUCUACUGCAUGCUUCAGAUUAUAAAGAGAACAAAAUACACACAGGUUGGUUGGACAGUAGAAUUGCAAUGAGGGUUAGAGCUGAGAGACCUCCUUGGUACCUUUCUGUGGUUGGAGGAGCUCUAUAUAAAGCUUCUGCAAGUAGUGCUGCAAUGGUUUCAGAAUAUGUUGGUUAUCUAGAAAAAGGACAAAUUCCUCCCAAGCAUAUUUCACUUGUGAACUCUCAAGUUUCACUAAACAUUGAAGGGAUAAAGUAUACAGUUAACAUGGUGAGGGGAGGACCUGGAAGCUAUAGGUUGAGGUUGAAUGAAUCAGAGAUUGAAGCAGAAAUACACACUCUACGUGAUGGAGGCUUAUUGAUGCAGUUGGAUGGAAACAGUCACAUUAUUUACGCUGAGGAGGAAGCGGCUGGGACUCGUCUUCUCAUUGAUGGCAGGACUUGCUUGCUUCAGAAUGAUCAUGAUCCAUCCAAGCUCAUAGCAGAGACACCAUGCAAACUUCUGAGGUAUUUGGUUGCAGAUGGUAGUCAUGUGGAUGCCGAUACACCUUAUGCAGAGGUUGAGGUCAUGAAGAUGUGCAUGCCUCUUCUUUCCCCCGCUUCAGGGGUGAUUCAUUUCAAGAUGUCAGAAGGUCAAGCAAUGCAGGCUGCCGAGCUUAUAGCAGCACUUGAUCUAGAUGAUCCUUCGGCUGUAAGAAAAGCAGAACCAUUCCAUGGGAGCUUCCCCAUCCUCGGACCUCCAACUGCAAUAUCUGAUAAAGUUCAUCAGAGGUGUGCUGCCAGUAUGAAUGCAGCUCGGAUGAUUCUAGCUGGAUACGAGCAUGCUGUUGAUGAAGUGGUACAGAGCUUGCUAAGUUGUUUGGACAGUCCUGAACUACCCUUCCUUCAGUGGCAAGAGUGCUUGGCUGUUCUGGCAACACGACUUCCCAAAGACCUUAGAUCUGAGUUGGAAGCAAAAUACAAGGAAUAUGAAGGGAUCUCGAACUUUCAAAACAUUGAUUUCCCAGCGAAAAAUUUGCGGGGUGUUCUUGAGGCACACCUGAGUUCCUGCCCCGAAAAAGAAAAAGGAGCUCAAGAAAGACUAGUUGAACCAUUAAUGAGUCUUGUGAAGUCUUAUGAAGGGGGAAGAGAGAGUCAUGCCCGUGUUAUUGUGCAGUCCCUUUUCCAAGAAUACCUUUCUGUCGAAGAAUUGUUUAGUGACAACAUCCAGGCUGAUGUUAUUGAACGCCUGCGACUUGAAUAUAAAAAAGACCCCGUGAAGGUUGUAGAUAUUGUACUUUCCCAUCAGGGUGUCAAGCGUAAAAAUAAACUGAUAUUAAGUCUCAUGGAGCAACUGGUGUAUCCUAGUCCUGCAGCUUACCGGGAUAAAUUAAUUCGUUUCUCUUCGCUCAAUCAUACAAACUAUUCUGAGUUGGCUCUCAAGGCAAGUCAGCUUCUUGAACAAACAAAACUGAGUGAAUUGCGUUCCAGCAUUGCAAGAAGUCUUUCCGAGUUAGAAAUGUUCACUGAAGAAGGUGAACAUAUGGACACUCCUAAGAGGAAAAGUGCCAUAAAUGAAAGAAUGGAAGCUCUAGUGAGUGCUCCUUUGGCAGUCGAAGAUGCACUUGUAGGUCUCUUUGAUCACAGCGAUCACACCCUUCAGAGAAGGGUUGUGGAGACUUAUGUUCGCAGACUUUACCAGCCCUACCUCGUCAAGGGGAGUGUUAGGAUGCAGUGGGACAGAUCGGGUGGACUGAUAGCUUCUUGGGAGUUCUUGGAAGAGCAUGUGGAGAGGAAAAAUGGAUCUGAAGGUAGAACGGUGAAUAAACCUUUGGUAGAGAAGCAUAGUGAGAAAAAAUGGGGAGCCAUGGUCAUCAUCAAAUCGCUCCAAAUCUUGCCAAAAGUGCUAACAGCUGCACUGAAGGAGACAAUGAGCAACAUCCAGACUACGAUUUCCGAUGGAUCCGUGGGGACAGAGGGUCAUGGUAACAUGAUACACAUUGCAUUGGCAGGCAUCAACAAUCAAAUGAGUACACUUCAGGACAGUGGUGAUGAGGAUCAGGCUCAAGAGAGAGUCGACAAGUUAGCAAAAAUAUUGAAAGAGAGAGAUAUAAGCUCCAUCCUUAAAAAUGCAGGGGUAGGGGUGAUCAGCUGUAUCAUACAAAGGGACGAGGGACGAGGCCCUAUGAGGCACUCCUUUCAUUGGUCAGAAGAGAAGCGCUAUUACCAGGAGGAGCCUCUAUUACGUCACCUUGAGCCUCCUCUAUCAAUUUACCUUGAAUUGGAUAAGCUCAAUGGCUAUGACAAAAUUAAGUACGCACAAUCAAGGGACCGUCAGUGGCACCUGUACACUGUUGUAGACAAGCCUCGCCCAAUCCAGAGGAUGUUUCUCAGAACACUUGUGAGACAACCCAUGUCAGAUGAAGGUUUACCAGUGUUUCAAGGGCUAGAUCGUCAAAAAACUCAUGCCCCAUUUUCAUUGUCUUUUACUUCAAGGAGCAUUUUGAGAUCUUUAACAUCUGCACUUGAGGAGCUUGAGCUUAAUGUCCAUAAUUCAACCGUCAAAUCUGACCAUGUGAAUAUGUACCUCUAUAUUUUAAGGGAGCAACAAAUAGAGGAUCUGUUGCCCUAUAACAAGCGAGUAGAUGUAUAUAAUGGUAAUGAAGAAGCAGUUGUAGACCAAAUUUUAGAUGAAAUGGCACGUGAAAUCAAUGCAUCUGUUGGUGUAAAAAUGCACCGUUUAGGUGUUUUUGAGUGGGAAGUGAAGCUUUGGAUAUCAUCCACUGGAGACGCCAAUGGUGCUUGGAGAGUUGUGGUUGUAAAUGUGACGGGCCACACCUGCAUUGUGAAUAUCUACCGUGAGGUGGAAGAUACAAACAAACACAGAGUCGUCUAUCACUCCACGAGUGGGGUGGGUCCUCUGCAUUGCGUGCCAGUUACUGCAUAUUAUCAACCUCUGGGAGUUCUUGAUCAGAAACGACUCGUGGCCCGUAAAAGCAGCACAACCUACUGCUAUGAUUUCCCCCUGGCUUUUGAAGUAGCAUUGCAGAAGUCUUGGGCUACUGAAUUUCCUAGAACUAACAAGCCUAAAGAAAACCUCAUUAAAGUCACCGAAUUGACUUUUUCGGACCAAAAAGGCUGUUGGGGUACUCCUCUUAUUCCAGUGGAACGCAAGCCUGGGCUCAAUGAUGUUGGCAUGGUGGCUUGGAUUAUGGAAAUGUCUACACCCGAGUUCCCUUCUGGAAGGAAAAUUAUCAUUGUUGCAAAUGAUGUCACCUUCAGAAACGGAUCUUUUGGUCCAAGAGAAGAUGCAUUUUUCCAAGCAGUGACUGAUCUAGCCUGCACUCAGAAACUGCCCCUUAUUUAUUUGGCAGCCAAUGCAGGAGCUCGAAUUGGUGCUGCCGAGGAAGUAAAAUCUUGCUUUAAAGUUGGAUGGUCUGAUGAAUCUAAUCCCGAACGUGGUAUGCAGUAUUUAUACUUGACUCCUGAGGAUCAUGCACGCAUUGGGUCAUCUGUCAUAUCACAUGAACUAAAGUUGUCUAGUGGAGAGACUCGAUGGGUGAUUGAUACUAUUAUAGGAAAAGAGGAUGGCUUGGGCGUUGAGAACUUAAGUGGUAGUGGUGCCAUUGCCAGUGCAUAUUCAAGGGCCUACCAUGAAACAUUUACGCUAACAUAUGUAACUGGGAGAACUGUUGGCAUAGGUGCCUAUCUUGCUCGGCUUGGUAUGAGAUGUAUACAGAGGCUGGAUCAACCGAUUAUUCUUACUGGUUUCUCUGCACUGAAUAAGCUCUUGGGUCGGGAAGUUUACAGCUCCCACAUGCAACUUGGUGGACCUAAAAUUAUGGCAACCAACGGAGUUGUUCAUCUGACAGUUUCUGAUGACCUUGAAGGCAUCUCGGCAAUUUUGAACUGGUUAAGCUUUGUUCCGCCAUAUUCUGGAGGUCCACUUCCCAUUUCUACUGCUAUGGACCCUCCUGAGAGACCCGUUGAAUAUUUUCCUGAGACCACAUGUGACCCUCGAGCUGCUAUCUGUGGCAUCAAGGAUGCAAGUGGGAAGUGGCUGGGAGGCAUGUUUGACAAGGAUAGCUUUGUUGAGGCAUUGGAAGGCUGGGCAAGAACCGUGGUGACUGGGAGGGCAAAGCUUGGAGGAAUACCUGUGGGAAUAGUUGCUGUCGAAACCCAAACAAUGAUGCAAGUGAUACCUGCAGAUCCCGGGCAGCUCGACUCUCAUGAGCGGGUUGUUCCCCAGGCAGGGCAAGUAUGGUUUCCCGACUCUGCAACUAAAACUGCUCAAGCAUUGAUGGACUUCAAUAGAGAAGAGCUCCCGCUUUUUAUCCUUGCCAACUGGAGGGGAUUUUCCGGGGGACAAAGGGAUCUCUUUGAGGGUAUCCUUCAAGCCGGUUCAACCAUUGUUGAGAACCUUAGAACAUACAAGCAACCUGUUUUUGUAUACAUCCCUAUGAUGGGUGAGCUUCGUGGCGGGGCAUGGGUAGUUGUAGAUAGUAAAAUUAAUUCAGAUCACAUUGAAAUGUAUGCAGAAAGAACGGCUAAAGGGAAUGUUCUUGAGCCCGAAGGUAUGAUUGAAAUCAAGUUCCGAACAAAAGAACUGCUGGAGUGCAUGGGUAGACUUGACCAAGAACUUAUUAAAUUGAGAGGAAAGCUUCAGGAAGCAAAGACCACUGGGAUCCACGAAACUGUUGAUUCUUUACAACAGCAGAUAAAAGCCCGUGAAAAAAAACUUCUGCCAAUAUACACUCAGAUUGCCACCAAGUUUGCCGAAUUGCAUGAUACAUCACUAAGAAUGGCUGCAAAAGGAGUGAUCAAAGAAGUUGUAGAUUGGGAAAAUUCUCGUUUUUUCUUUUAUAAAAGAUUGCUCCGAAGAGUUGAGGAAGAGUCCUUGAUCAAGGCUGUGAAGGAUGCAGCUGGUGACCAGCUUUCUGACAAAUCCGCUUUUGAGAUGGUAAAGAAGUGGUUUUUAGAUGCUAAAACCACACAGGGCAAAGAAGAUGAUGCUUGGAAAGAUGACAAAGCCUUCUAUCUUUGGAAGCGUGAUCAUAGUAACUAUGAAGACAAGUUGCAGGAAUUGCGUGUGCAAAAGGUCUCGGUUCAAUUAUCAAAGAUUGGCGAUUCAGCUUUAGAUGCUCGUGCUUUACCUCAAGGUCUUGUUUCACUUCUUCAGAAGUUAGAGCCAUCAACCAGAGAGCAAUUGAUCAUUGAACUACAAAAGGUCCUCAAUUGAUCAAACCAACUUGCAUAAUCCCCCGAAUAUGCGCUUUGAAGUUACUUACAUACAGUUCAAUGAAGAUUUUCAAUGAUCUACUCAAUUUAGGAGCUUUAAAAGAUCGACAGAUCAUUGAAUCGUUGCUUUUGUUUGUGAAUGUAUAUAUUUAUAGUCCGAGAGAAUAGGAUGUAGUCUCCGAUUAUUUGAGAAGAGAGCAGGGCCCAUUUCGUAAGCGUCCUAUCUGCUAAAUAAGUUUUUAUGUAAAUCUCAUUUAUUUUUUCUGUUGUAACAAAUGAUUAAGUAGAAAAUACAACAUGAGGUUUCUGUGUUAAUGUUGUCCAUGCCUGUUUCUAUUCGA